CAGUGCCCGCAGUCCAAAGUUCGUUUUGUUUUGAAAAAAAUGUGGAGAGUAGUAUCAGCUAAACACCAGAGUUGUUACUGCAUGGUGUUUGCUUCUCAGCUACAAAUCCCAACAUUGUCAAAAUGCUGCUCUGGUGUUCGCCUUUAUAGUGCAACAUCUGAUGAAAGGGAGUAUCUUCACAGAAGUAUUGUUCCAACAUACCAUUUUCAAAAAAGCUUACCACGGCUGCCAAUACCUAAACUGGAGAAGACUUGCGAGAGAUAUCUCAAAGCUCAGUUACCUCUGCUGUCAUCUGCUGAAUACGCAAACACUGAAACUAUUGUCAAGGGAUUCUUACAAGGAGAUGGAACUGUCCUGCAUGAAGAACUUGUGGCUAAAGACAAGAACAAUAAGCACACCAGCUACAUUUCAGACCUGUGGUUUGAUAUGUACCUGAAGGACAGAUCCCCUGUUGUGAUAACACACAACCCGUUCAUGGUGUUCAAUAACGACCCUAAACCGGAAUAUAACAACCAGCUGUUGCGAGCAACUAAUAUGGUUGUUUCAUCAGCAAGGUUUAUGAAAACACUUAAUAAAGAAAUCUUGGAACCAGAGGUCUUUCACUUGAAUCCAGCCAAAAGUGACAAUGAGAAGUUCAGGAAGUUUGUUAGAUUUCUUCCACAAGCCAUAUCAUGGUAUGGAGCUUACUGGUACAAGGCCUUUCCUCUCGACAUGAGUCAGUACAAGCGGCUGUUCAAUUCAACACGAAUACCAAGAAAAAGCAAGGAUGAGUUGUACACAGACGAGACUGCACGUCAUCUUGUAGUGCUGAGGAAAGGAAACUUCUAUAUUUUUGAUGUCCUGGAUUCAAACGGCAAUAUAUACCCAGCAGAAGACAUCAUGUCACAUAUAAAAUACAUUCUGGAGGACUCGGCUCCAAUACCAGAAUACCCAGUGGGAGUCAUGACUACGGAGAACAGGGAUGUGUGGGCAGAUGUGAGGACCAACCUCGUUAACUCAGGAAAUGAGCAUUUACUUAAGUUGAUAGAUGGUGCGAUGUUUGCUUUGGCCCUGGAUGAUAAACAUUUGACGGACCCCAACGACAUUUCCAGGUCAUUUCUUCACAGCGAUGGAAUCAACAGAUGGUUUGACAAAUGCUUCCAGUUGCUCAUGUCAGAUGACGGAGUAGCUUGUGUAAACUUUGAGCAUUCAUGGGGUGAUGGAGUUGCCGUGCUAAGAUAUUUCCGUGAAGUUUUUAAAGACUCGACUGAAAAACCACAGGUUCAUCCCACAACCAAACCGAGCGAUGCAAAUUCAUCUCAGAGAGUGCAGCGAUUGGAAUUUAAGCUGGAUGGAGCUACAAAAGAAGCCAUUAAACAAGCUAAGACAAAGUUUGACAAGAAGACCGCCAGCCUAGAUCUACAACAUCUGGAGUACCAAACAUUCACUCGCAAAAAAUGCAAACAGCAAAAGCUUAGUCCCGACUCAGUCUUACAAUUAGCUAUUCAGCUCGCGUACUUCAGACAAACGGGUAAAACGGUGGGAACGUACGAGUCCUGUAGUACUGCAGCCUUUAAGCAUGGCCGGACGGAGACGGUGCGACCGUGUACGGUAGCUACAAAGAGGAUGUGUGAUCUGAUCUUCAAUUCAAAGACUCCACCCACAGUGGAGGAGCUUCAGCAGGGACUGAAGAACUGCUCAGAGAUGCACCAACAGCUCACAAGGGAAGCAGCAAUGGGUAAGGGAUUUGACAGACAUUUGUUUGCUUUGCGACACUUGGCUGAGGACUCUGGAAAGGCUCUCGAUUUGUUUGAGGAUCCGGCCUACAAGAAACUGAACCACAUCAUUUUAUCAACAUCAACACUCUCUGACCCAUCUGUUCUGAUUGGAGGCUUUGGAGCGGUCGUUCCAGAUGGCUAUGGAAUCGGUUAUGCUGUCGAAGAUGGUCGACUUGGAUUCAAUAUCACUAACUAUCCCCCCGCAACAGAUAUCAAUGAUUUCCUCAAAUGCUGCGAACACAGUUUGGAUGACAUAUAUGAUAUUUUUAAUGGGAGAGUACCAAGCAAGAGAUCAUGAUGCAGGAUACUGUUUAUCAGCAUGUGUUUAUCCAAGCACAGAUUUAUAACUUAAAAGAAUGAGUGUUUUCUCUAUCAUCAACAUAAUUAUAAAAAAAAAUUAUUGUUUAA